UCACGUUGAAUUUUUCUUCUUCCAAUUAAAAGCUCCAAUCUCCAAUUCUUCAAAACAUUAUUAUCCCGCGUUGGUGUUUCAUCAUUUGUCUCCGACUUUUAAAUGCUUAUACAAACGACAGUUUCUUGAACUUCUAAGCUGAAAAUGAAUUAUUCUCAUUUCAUCUGUGUGUUUACCGUUAUUCUUGCUUCUUCCGCUGUUUCAAUUCUUGCACAACAGCCUUACUUUGGAACAGGAACAAAUGCCUGUAAUAGCCAAGAGACCUCCAAUUCUGCUUUUGGCUACUUUUGCAAUGGACCUAACCGUACUUGCCAAUCUUAUUUGACCUUCAGAUCUCAACCGCCUUUCAGUUCAGUGUCCUCAAUCUCUUCUCUAUUGGGUGCUAACCCUUUAGAACUCUCUCAACUCAAUUCAGUCUCUCAAAAUGCUACCUUUGAUGCAAAUCAAAUGGUUCUUGUUCCUGUUACUUGUUCUUGUUCAGGUCAGUUUUACCAGUCAAAUACAUCUUAUGUUAUUAGAAAGGAUGAUACUUACUUAAACAUUGCAAUUAAUACCCUCCAAGGGUUGUCAACUUGCCAUGCUAUCAGCGCUGAGAACAAUGAACAAGCUAAUAAUUUGAUUCUUGGUUCAAGAAUUAAUGUUCCUCUACGAUGUGCUUGUCCUACAAAGAACCAAACUGAUGAUGGUACAAAAUAUCUGCUUACUUAUUUGAUUGCUUCUGGUGAAUCUGUUUCCCUCAUUAGUGAUAAAUUUGGGGCGGGUACAAAUCCAACUCUUGCUGCCAAUGGACUAUCACUAGAUGAUCCUACUAUCUUUCCAAAUACUACUCUAUUAGUUCCUUUAUUGAAUCCACCUUUGAGUUCCCAAGUUGUAGGAAAUUCUCCACCACCACCUCCUUCGACAACAUCGACACCACCUGGUGUACCUCUACCAGAUAACAGCUCGAAGAAAACUUGGAAAUAUAUUGUGGCUGGUGUUGUUGGAGGACUUGUCGCUGUGUCUCUUCUAGGGGUGGUUAUUUUCUUCUUGUUCUUCAGGAAAAGGCAAAAGAAAGCUGAUCCACAGUUUGUUUCUGAAAGCUUUGAAGCAGUUGAGAAACCGUUGAAUAAGAAAGUUGAAGAUGAAUCGGAGGAGUUCUUGGAAAGUUUAUCAAGCAUAGCUCAAUCUGUUAAGGUUUACAAGUUUGAAGAGGUUAAAGCAGCCACAGAAAAUUUCAGUCCUACAUGUUUGAUUAAGGGUUCUGUUUAUCGGGGCAAGAUCAAUGGGGAUUUUGCUGCUAUAAAGAAAAUUAGUGGUGAUGUAUCCAAGGAAAUUAAUUUGUUGAGCAAGAUCAACCAUUUUAAUCUUAUUAGUCUCUCAGGAAUUUGUUUUCAUGAUGGCCACUGGUAUCUUGUUUAUGAAUAUGCUGCCAACGGAGCAUUAAGUGAUUGGAUAUGCCACCAUGAUGGUGAUCAAAGGUCACUUAAUUGGACACAAAGAGUACAGAUUUCUCUUGAUGUGGCCACAGGGCUUAACUAUCUGCAUAGCUACACAUCCCCUCCUCAUGUUCACAAGGAUUUAAACGGUAGUAAUAUUCUUCUGGAUGGUGAUUUAAGAGCCAAGAUUGCGAAUUUUGGUCUAGCAAGGUCAGCGGAUGGACAAGAAGGAGAGUUUGCCUUGACAAGGCACAUAAUUGGGACCCAAGGUUACAUGGCACCUGAGUAUUUGGAGAAUGGGCUAGUGUCCCCAAAGCUAGAUGUUUAUGCAUUUGGAGUUCUGUUGCUGGAGAUUCUCACUGGGAAAGAGGUUUCUGCUUUAUAUGAAGGCUCAAAUACACACUUGGCUGAGGUGUUGAUCCCCGUGCUUCAUGACGAAGAAGCAAAGGAGAAUUUGGGCAACUUCAUCGACCCUUCUCUUCAAGGGAAGUACCCUGCAGAACUUUCCAUUGCCAUGGUCAGAUUAAUCGAUAACUGCAUAAGAAAAGAUCCUUCACGUCGCCCUAGUACAGAUGAGAUUGCCCAAUCUCUUUCAAGAAUUAUGACAGCUACACACUCUUGGGAAAUGUCAUUUAGCACUUCUGGAUCACCACAUAGAUUGCCCUAGAUCAAUGAUUGUAAGAUUUUCUUUUUGUGUUUUUUUUUUCCUUUGGGGUUUCCUCCUCCCACGUCUAGCACGAUUUGCUAUGUGCAUAAUGUUGUUACCUUGUUUAUGAAUACUUAAGAGCUACUGCACCAUUCAGUUUAAGAUUUCACUCAA